UCAGCCGCCCGCCUCCUGCUGCGCCGCGGCGCCAACCCCGCCUGCAUCGACACCCAUGGUGACACCGCCCUGCACCUGGCUGCCCGCGCCGGCCACCGUGUGUUCCAGGCGCUGUUCCUGCCCAUUGUGCGCUGCUGCCCCCAGGUCAUGAGGAUCCGUAACCAGGCAGGGCAGAUCCCCACCGAUCUCCUGGAUCCCGUGCUGCAGGAGGAGCACCCCAUGGAGCAGGAAGAGGAGGACAACGCUGACUCCUGGCAUCAGAAGCUGCUGGGGGAGUGUGAAGCUGAGGCCUGGGAGGCCGGUGGCUAUGAGGAGGAUUUCAACAGGGAACAGUCAGAUUACGAGACCUAUGAUGCGUGGGCAGAGCGAAUUGUCCGCGAGUACACCCGGAGGCGAGGCCAAGGGGCAGGGCUUAACCAUGGGAAGCCAGAGGACAGCAGUCAAGGGGCAGGGCCUAGCCGGGGAAAGGCGGAGCCUGAGCCCCUCCGGCGCCCCAUGGAGGUGGAAGCCGACCUGUACCGGGCCCGGGAGGCUGCCAAGGCCCGGGAGCUGCAGGAGGCUAGGAGGAGGCGCUGCGAGGAGGCCUUCACCCCAGGUGCCACCAGCCUUCUAACCUAUCAUGACAUCCCUUGGCCCUGCCCAGGGGCCAGCCCUGAGGCUAUGGCGGCAGCGGCCAUGAUGGGAGCGGACCCAGGCGACCGAGCCAGCUUCCGACGCCAGCUGCGACGCCAACAGGCCCUGUGGCACCCUGACAAGUUCACUCAGCGUUGUGGGGAGCGCCUGGCCCAGCCUGACCGACGCCGGGUGCUGGAUGCUGUCAUGGCCUUGUCUCAGGCCCUCAACCGCCUGGCCGAGAGUGUCAAGUGAGGCGGCUGGCUCUGGGCUGCGUGUAAUGGGGACAGGAGCCUGGACUGCAGGGAUACUAGGGGUCUCCAGGAUGAACAAGGAGCAAUGGACUGAGACUGCAGCAGGGGAAACUGAGGCCAGAGAUGAGGAGACUCUUCAUCCUCAGAUAUUUCCAAGAACAAGGUAGGCUGACGAUUCUCAACCAGGGCAUCAGGGCACUAUCAGACCCUCAUGAGCGUGUAGGGCCGUAUUAGCGCUGCGAAUAACUGGGAUUUUCCCAAGGGAGUCCCAGGGUCUAAUGAGGAGUAUGGAUGGGCCUACAAAGGUUGAGAGCCCCUGGGUCAUGCAAACACGUGUCUGGGCUGGUUCAGAAGGGGCUAGCCGUGCCUUCAGCUACAGGUUGGACCAGAUGCGACCUCCUGAGGUCCUGGCCAGCCCAGCCACCACCUUUAUAGGCACUUCUAGCUCUACCUUGAAGCCAUGUGGAGCUCUCGAUCUCAGACUGCACUGGCAAGACUCCCGGGCAUUCCCGAGCUAGGACAUCCAACCUAUGCAUGUCUCUGGUUGACAUUGACUUGACCUUUGCUCCUCAGCCCACCAUGCCUGUCCCCCUUGUCCUCCUGGUGCCUCCUUCGGUAGAGGACAAGCUUCUUCCCUCCUCCAUCUCUAUCUUAAUGAGCUCUGGGACUUUCUCACAGAGGAUUGGGUCUCCAGGCCCGGCCCCAUCCACACAGCCUUGCUGGCUGCCAUCCUAGCACCUCCACAAUAAGAGAUAAAAGCUGCCUGUGGUAGGAGGUGUUAUCAACACCUGGGUCACUGGGACAAUUCUCUCAGCUGCACAGACGUCACCACCCAAGAGAGGAAGACCCAGGAGAUGUGGGUUUUCGGGGACGGUCAGAGUGAAUCAACGUUGAGGGGGUGGAGGCAGCCCUGGAAAACGGGUCUCAUCCCCUCCACCCACUGUGUCUUGAGUGUUGGGACAUCAGAUCUAGAGCAGACAAGAAAGGUGCCUGACCCCACCCUCCUCAAUUAGGACCCCCCAGUAAGAACCAAGAUCGCCUGGGUCUUCUGUCCACACUGGGCACUGGGCUAAUGGGGAUGAGAGGUGGUGUAAAGCUGGGGGGAAUCUCUCCCCAUGCAGCAUCAGGUCUUGGGGUGUAGGAGAAUAAACAAGACCCCUCCAUACACUCAAGUGGACCCCCAAAGACAAGACCACCUGGUUCUCCUGCCCCAUUUGGGCGUUGAUGGAAUGAUGAGAAUGGGAAGAUUGGGUACAAGGGCUGGAGGCAAUCUCACCCCAUGUGGCAUCAGGUCUUGGGGUGAGGGGGGACAGAUAAAACCCCUCUGUCUGCCCAACUAAACCCCCGGAGCCAGGAUCACCUAGGUCUCCUGCCCUGCUUGGGGGUGAGGAGGAUGAGUACAAGGCUGGGGGGAAUCUGUACCCAUGUGGCAUCAGAUCGGGCUGAGGACAGACAAGACCCUUCCAUCCACCUAACUGGACUCCCAAAGCCAAGACCACAUGGUCUAGCGCCCACUAGAGGAUCCGCAUAGAAGCUCGUAGCCUUGUAUCACACCAGAUAUGAGAGUAGGGGGGUGGCCAAUUUUGGGAGGUGGGCUCUGAUAUGGUGAGAAGGGAAGCCCCCCUAGAUCUCCCAUCACCCAAGGAUGAGGCUGGGGGUGGGAGCCGCCUUCCAAGCCGCAGCCUGCUCUGGGCAAGGGCAGGGGAAGGGGGACAGAGAGCAGAAUUUGAGGGAUGGGAUUUUUGUGUGGAUCUGCCCUGCUCUGGCCCCACCCCCACCCCCUACACACACACAAUUCCCUGAGCUAUAGGGGAUCAAUUUUAUCACACUGGGGAAUUCUGGGAAGGCUGUACAGGACUGGGGCAGCAGAGAGAGGCCUGGGGGAUUUCUGUGCUUCUGGGAGGGGCAUCUCUGAUUCUGGAGCCAGGUUCAAGAUUUUGGUUAGGGGGCACUUG